AUGGAACGCCCGAGCCGCAGAGGAGCAUCCAAGGCCGCCAAGGCUGAGCUGGCGGCGGCGAAGCUCAAGCAGCUUAAGGACAAGGGCGGCAAAGGGCGCCUGAAUGACAUCGAGGAGGACGACGGCCCCCAGGCUGUCUACGACGUGGUUACCGAUGAGGAGUACGCCAAGAUUGUGAAUAAGCGUCGCCAGGAGUACGGCGGGUUCAUCGUCGGCGAGGACGGCGACGACUACGUCGACCUCGGCGAGGAGGACGACUGGACCAAGGCGCAACCCGGCAUGUCCGAUGACGAGGAGGAGGAGGACGACGACGCCGACGCCGACGGCAAGAAGCGCAAGAAGGGCGGCAAGGACGACUCCAAGGAUGCCAAGCGAGCCAAGAAGCCCGAGGUUGACAAACGAGAUCGCCAGCGCCUGGCCAACAUGUUCGCCAAGAACGCCGCCGCCGUCGCCGCGGGCGGCAUCAAGCGCGCCCCAACCGCCGACGCCGCCGCCUCCAAGCCGGCGCAGGACGCGGACUCCCUCCUCGAGGACAUCCUUGGCGGCAUCGGCGGCUCAUCCGCCCCGGUUCAAACCUUCGCGAAGCCGGCGGCUCCGCCCGCGAACCAGUUCAGGCGCCCGGCUCCCCACGCGCAGCCCCCCAGCGUUCAGGCCACCCCCGCGACGCUCAUGAAGCCCUCGAUGGUGACCCCGACCGCCCCCAAGGCUGCGUCCGCGCCCGCCGUGAGGCCCACGCCCCGCGCGGUGACCUGGGCCCCCGAGGAUGAAACGACGGAGGACGAGUACUCGCUCAAACCCCCGCUGAGCCCGGUUCACUCCGGCCAGCGCGACGAGGGCGACGCGAUGGACGCCGACGACGCCCCCGCCGCCGUCCCGAUGGACGACGACGAUGACGAGGAGAAGGACGACGACGAGCCCCCGAGCCCCGCCGCCGCCGCCGCCGCGGCGAAAAAGUCGGGGGGCAUCCUCAAGGAGACUUCCGUCGUUCGACCCCCCGUCGCCGGAGUCACCGCUUCCGGCGCCGCCGUCGCCGCCGCGUCCACCCUCGACGGCGCCGCCGACGGAUGGGCCGCGGUCUUCGACGACUCCACCGCGGGCGGCGACGUGCAGGUGGACGCCGCCCCCGCGCAGCUCGCCGACGGAUCCCUCCCUCUCGACGCCGACGACACGCUCCCGUUUUUCUUCGUCGACGCGCACGAGGACAUCGCGCACCCCGGGACCGUCUUUCUCUUCGGUCGCGUCCCGGUGGACACGUCGGCACCCACGUCGGCACCCGCGUCGGCACCCACAGAGACGGUGUCUGCGUGUGCGGUGGUCACCGGCAUGCAGCGGUGCAUGUUUGUCGUUCCCAGGCCCGACGUCUUCGACGACCAAAACGGGGAGAUUGAAUCCCUGGAGCGAGCCGCGGAGGAGGCGGCUAAAGGCGCGGAUGACGCGGCGGCUAAGAAGGCGCGCGGCGCGCUGCUUCGCACCCUCCAGACGCGCGCCAAGGACGUCAAGGACGAGGUCCGCGAGAUUCUCCUCGCGCGCGGCAUCGAGUCGUUCACGAUGAAGCCCGUCAAGCGCUCGUACUGCUUUGAACGCGACGACAUUCCCCGCGGGUGCCAGUACGUCCUCAAGGUUCGAUGUCCCGCGACGGGGCCGGCGUUGCCGGUGGACCUCAAGGGCCGCCACUUCGUCGCGGUGCUCGGCGCGUCGACGCCCUCGCUCGAGCACCUCGUGAUCAAGUCCAAGGUGAUGGGUCCCAGCUGGAUUUCCAUCCACGGCGCGAGGCUCGUGCCGAGCGGGCAGCAAAAGUCGUGGUGCAAGCUGGAGGUUGCCGUCGACCGCGGGCACAAGUCGGUGAGGCAGCCGGCGACGUCGCUGCCCCACAGGGACCCGCCCACGCUCACCGUCGCGGCGUUGAACCUCAAGACGGUGGUGAACCACCGCGCCAACGUCAACGAGAUUGCGUCCGCGUCCGUCGUGUACGCCCGCAACGUCAAGUGCGACCAACCCACGCCCACUUGGAACUCGUUGGACCACCUCCGGCACUUCUCCGUCGUGCGCAGGCUGGACGGGGUCUCGUUCCCGCCCGGCUGGGACGCGGCGGUGGCCAAGGAGAACGCCGAGCACCCGGUGGCGAAGCGAACCGGCUCGGUAGUGUUGUCCUCGCAGUCCUCGGAGCGCGGUCUCCUGAGCUUUUUGCUCGCCAAGUUGCAGCAGCUGGACGCGGAUGUUUUGGUGGGUCACAACAUCGCCGGCUUCGACCUCGACGUUUUGCUCCACAGGCUCCAGGCGAACAAGGUCCCGCACUGGUCCCGCGUGGGCAGGCUCAAGCGCACCAGGUUCCCCAACCUCGGCGGCGGUGGAAACGCGUACGGCGGCGGCGCCGGGCUCGGCGCUCUCUCGUGUCUCGCGGGACGCUUACUCGCCGACACGUAUCUCUCCGCUCGCGAUUUCGUCAAAGAGGUUUCCUACACCCUCACGGCGCUCGCGAAGAACCAGCUCGGGCGGCACCGCGUGGAGGUUGCCGCGACGGACAUCCCGGGCAAGUUUUCCGACGCGUCGGCGCUGAUGGGCCUCGCCAAGUCCACCGAGUCGGACGCGUGGCUGUCGCUCGGUUUGAUGUUUCACCUCUCGGUGCUUCCGCUCACCCGGCAGCUCUCCAACAUCGCGGGUAACCUCUGGUCCAAGACGCUGCAGCACACCCGCGCGCAGCGCGUCGAGUACCUCCUCCUGCACGAGUUCCACGCGCGCAAGUACCUCCUGCCCGAUAAGCUCACCGCCAAGGAACGCAAGUUUGGUCGCGGGUACCAAAACGCCGACGCCGAUUUGGACGGCGGCGAUUUCGACGGCGACGGCGGCGUCAAGGCUGGCAAGAAGCGCGGGGGCCCGGCGUACGCGGGCGGCUUGGUCCUGGAGCCCAAGAAGGGCCUCUACGACAAGUACGUGCUGAUGAUGGACUUCAACUCGCUGUACCCGUCCAUCAUCCAGGAGUAUAACAUCUGCUUCACCACCGUCGCGCAGCCCAAGGCGGAUCCCGACGAUCCCGCCGCGGCUCCCCCCGCGCCGACGCUGCCCACGGAUGCCGACGGCACCAAGGUUGUGCUCCCUCAGGUGAUCAAGAAGCUGGUGGAUCGCAGGCGCGAGGUGAAGAACAUGAUCAAGACGGAGCGCAACGCGGCGCGGGCCAAGCAGCUCGACAUUCGCCAGAUGGCGCUCAAGCUCACCGCAAACUCCAUGUACGGCUGCCUCGGUUUCGCCGCGUCGCGAUUCUACGCCAAGCCCCUGGCGGAGCUGGUCACCCUGCAGGGGCGCGAGAUCCUUCAGUCCACCGUGGACCUCGCGCAGGGUAACCUGGGCAGGAACGUCAUCUACGGCGACACCGACUCGAUCAUGAUCAACACCGAGUCGACGAACAUCGCGGAGGUUGUGGACAUGGCGAAGCAGUUCAAGAAGCUGUCCGACAAGCGCUUCAAGGUUUUGGAGAUUGAGAUGGACGGCCUUUACAAGUCCAUGCUGCUCCUCAAGAAGAAGAAGUACGCCGCCCUCAUGGUCAAGCAGCUCCCCGACGGCAGCUACACCACGGUGAUUGAGCAGAAGGGUCUCGACAUCGUCCGCCGCGAUUGGUCCCCCCUGGCGAAGGAGCAGGGUAACCUCGCGCUGAAGGAGAUUCUCUCCGGAAACCCCACCGAGGACGUCGUCGAGGGAAUCCACGAGACGCUUCGCAAGUGCAGGGAGGACCUGGUGAACGGCGCGGUGACGAUGGACAAGUUCAUCAUCACCAAGCAGCUCACGAAGAGGCCGGAGGAUUACCCAGACGCCGCCAACCAGGCGCACGUGCAGGUGGCGCUGAGGCUGAGAGCCGCGGGGAAGCGAGAGGGCGUCAACCAGGGCGAAACCGUCCCUUACGUCAUCGCCCUCAAGACGGACGCCUCCGCCGAGGAGAUCGCCAGCGGCCGCGCCGUGAACCAGAGCUCCGGCGGCAAGGGACUCGCCGACCGCGCCUACCACCCCGACGAAGUCUCCGCCGAGAACAGCGGCCUCAAGCUGGACCUCCACUACUACCUCACGCAGCAGGUCCACCCCGUGGUGUCGCGCCUGUGCCAGCCCAUCGAGGGCACCGACGCCGCGCACAUCGCCAACUGCCUCGGCCUCGACCCGUCCAAGUUUCACCACCAGGUGGUCACCGCGAACGGCGGAGACGAAUACGACGACGACCUCCUCGCCCCAGCCGCAGCCCUCGACGAUUCGGAGCGGUUCAAGCGGUGCAAGCCCCUGGUGCUUCGAACCGCGGGCGGCGAGUUUGAAUUCCCCGGCGUCGACGCCAUCCUCGCGGGUGAGGUGGCGCCCGACGCGUCCCUCGCGCCCGCGCCCAAGACGAACGACGGAGCGCCCGACGCCGGCGGCAAGGAGAACGCCGGCGCCGGCGCCGCUAACCCAGGAGUUAACCCCCCGAACGCGGGUAAGCUGGCGGGCGUCGCGUCGGUGACCGCCGCGACCCCUCUCGGGGCUCACGCGCUCGCCAAUCAGGUUCGUCUCGCGGUGCGCGACUCCAUCAACUCGUACUACUCCACGACGCUGCGCAGCGACGACGAGCUGGCGCCGUCGGAGACUCGCAACGUGUCACUUCGCGUGGGCGCCGACGCGACCGCCGAACCCGGAACUCUGCCGGCGGAUCCCAAGUGCCAGGGCGUCAUGCAAAAGACCACCACGGAGGCUGCGCUGUACACGCAGCUGGUGCACUUCAGGCGGCUGCUCGACUAUCGCGGGGCGUUGGCCAGGAUGCCGCCCAAGGAUCGCGACGCGGCGAGGGCGAGGAUGGAGGCUUCGCCCGGGACGUGCGCCGCCCUGGACGCCGCGGCGAAUGAGGUGGAACGGACGCUGAGACGGUCCGCGUACAGGUGGGUGAACCUGAGGACGCUCUUCGGAGCCGCCGGGAUGGCGUGAAUCGUCGGACGCGAGUGGCGGGUGUGAGGAGGUGGGUAAAAGGGGUUGAAACGUCGUACAUCGCGCAUCCUAAAACUGAGCUAAAUGUUACG